UCAAAUGUUUUUGUAGUCAAUGUUUUCAAUACAUUGUGAUGUUUUGGUGCUAAAUUUGUAAAUACAAUAAUUACUACAUAACGUUACCAUGUAUUGAACUGCUUUUUUCUGUCCAUUUGUUGUAAAACAUGUUUUGGUGCUUAAUUUUUAAAAUCAUAACUUAAUUUGACGUUUAAUGGGUUUUCCCUUAAUCCCUCCUUAUUAUCCAACAUUUCUGCUUAUCCAACGUUCUGCCAGCCGGUUUAUGUCGGAUAAGUGAGACUCUACUGUAAGUAAAUGGAGACUGCAGUUCUCACCUGUCUUCCAAAGCCCAAGGUGGGACUUGCAUGCUUCUCAAGGAAGAAGGCGAUUGGCUCCUUGGCAGCCAAUAGGGCGUGACCGGAAGUGAUGUAUUCCCAGGCCCACUACUGACCUUAACCCUUUAAUGGGUGCGAGCUGCCUUUCCUUUUGUUGCUGCCAGUGGCUUCAGGCUUUGGGAUUUUUUGCUUUUCUCUGUGUCCCCAUCUGCACUGCCAUAUAAUGCAGUGUAGACUCCCACCAUGCUGUUGAGCUGCAUUAACAGUAAGUCGCAUAGAUCCUGUCUCAUUCGAAUAACCUCAUGCAUGAUUGUCCUUGCCUUAAACAUCCUCUAGUUAUUGAUUUCUUUUUGCAAAAUUGCUGAGAGUUAAAACCACAGAGGGCUAAAGCCAGAGAGCUUUGCAAUCUUGGAGAAGCCUCUACAUACAAGGGAAAAACGUCUUCCUUCCAUUCCUUAAAGGAAGCCAAGAGAGAAUCAGACUAAGGGUGCUUCUACACUGCAGAAUUAGUAUAGUUUGGCACCGCUUCAGUGGAUUAUUUCCAACCUGGAAGGGAGUUUGCACCCAAAGCUAAACUGGGGGCUCGCCACACGAAGGGGAUGCAGAUUGCUUUGGAGCAAGGGCACUUCCUGGACCCCUUGGAAGCUGCCCUGGAGCUCCGCGGAGACAAAGAUGCCCAAAAGCAAGAAGAGGAGGAAGAGAGGAAUGGCAUAACAGAUGGCUCUCUUGCUGGUCAAGAGGUAAGCUGUGGAGGUUCCUGGGCCAAAGACAAGCCCCACUCAGAGGUCCAGCGCAAACGCUUUAGGGAAUUCAGCUACCAAGAUGCCAAUGGCCCCCGAGACAUUUGCAGCCAGCUCCACAAUCUGUGCCAUUGGUGGCUGCAGCCAGAGAAGCACACCAAGAGCCAGAUCCUAGACCUGGUGAUCCUGGAGCAGUUCCUGAACAUCCUUCCCCUGGAGAUGGAGAGCUGGGUCCGAGAGUGUGGGGCAGAGACCUGUUCCCAGGCGGUGGCCCUGGCCGAAGGCUUCCUCCUGAGCCAGGCAAGGAGCAUCAAGCAGGAGGAGGAACAGGAGGCCUGUGCAGAAGGCAUGGCUAAUUUCUCUAAGCAGGUGAAAGAUCCAUCCAUCACCUUUGAUAAACUUCUCUUUGGAGGAACAACCCAGGACGAUGAAGCUCCCAACACAUCACACGGCAACGGAAUGACAACACAGGUGCCCUCCAAAGCAUCGCCUGUUUGGCAUGGAGCUGAUACAACGGUGGCACAACCAAUUCAGGGUCCUGCAUCUUUUGAAAAGAUGGCUGUGUGCUUCAUGGAAGAAGAGGGGCCUCCUAUAAAUCCAGACCAAAAAGCUUCAUGCAUGGCUGCUGUGGAGGAAACUUCCAAGAAUGCAGCUUUUCUGGAUGAUGUUACAUCACCUGGGGAAAACACACAUCAGGAGAAUGAAGAAACUCUCAUAAACCAAAAGGGACCAAAAGAGAAAGAAGGAAACCAAACAGAGAGGUUGAGAAAUAAAUCAGUCCAUUCCCAGGGUGAAACCCCAAUCCAGCCAGAAAAACAGAGGGUAAGAAGGAGGAAUGUCUGCCCAGGGUUUGGGAAAAGCUUCAGCCACAGAUCAGACCUUAACUGGAGAGCACACAUCGAUGAGAAACCAUAUAAAUGCCUUGAAUGUGGAAAGAACUUCAGCCAGAUCCCUCACCUCCGGCUCCAUCAGAGAAUUCACACCGGGGAGAAGCCGUACAAGUGCUCGAUCUGUGGGAAAAGCUUCCACCGCAGCUUCAUCCUCACGGCCCACCAAAGGAUGCACAAAGGAGAGAAGCCGUACAGUUGCUCCGAGUGCGGCAAGCGUUUUUACGACCGGUCGCAUCUUAUUAGCCACCAGAGAACUCACACCGGGGAGAAACCGUACAAGUGCCUGGAAUGUGGAAAGAACUUCAGCCACAAGGUGAACCUCACCUCCCACCAAAGGAUCCACACGGGAGAGAAGCCCUACAACUGCUCGGACUGUGGGAAGAGCUUUUGUGACAAGCAGAACCUUCUCCGGCACCAAAGAAUCCACACAGGAGAGAAACCCUACAAAUGCCAGGAGUGCGGGAAGCAUUUCAGGCAGCGGGCGACUCUGACCUCACAUCAGAGGGUCCACACAGGAGAGAGACCCUACCGGUGCCCCGAGUGCGGGAAGAGCUUUUACAGGAAAGCGGAUCUCAACCGGCACCUGAGAAUCCACACUGGAGUUGAAAAGCCUAUACUUUCAUGGAGUGUCGAAAUGGCUUCGGACGGUGUGUCUCUCUUGUGCCCCAUAAAGGACUUGUCACAGGAGAAUCAGUGUAUAAUAUCAGAGAUUAAGCAAGAAGUGAAUUGUUAAAUCUGAUGAUUUUGGAUGAAAUACAAUCACCUUCCACAUUCGCUGGGGUUAGAAUAGGCAUGGGCAAACUUUGGCCCUCCAGGUGUUUUGGAGUUCAACUCCCGCAAUUCCUAACAGCCUCAGGCCCUAUCCUUUCCCCCGCUUAAGUGGCUGAGGCUGAGGCUAUUAGGAAUGGUGUGACUGUGAAUAAUUUCUACCUGAACCUGACCUUAAAAUUACAUUGGAAGACCCACACAUGUCUAAAGAAAUGUCAUAUCUAGGAAUCUCUAGGUCCUUUGAUGGAAGCUGACCAUAAAGUCACACUAGAGCAGGGCUUCUUAAACAUUUUUUCCACUCACAAUCCCUUUCUACCUGAGAAAUUUUUAUAUGACCCCAAAUAUAUAUAGGCAUAAAAUUCAAACAUUUACUGAUAAUAAAUCAGCAUUUGCAAGGCUUGCUAAACAGGCUGAUUUCCUUUUUAUGAAGUACAGCUGAAGCAUUUUCUGCAGAGUCCGCUGUAAACACUGCACCAUGUUGCUAACAGAUGCGUAUAAAUGGAUAGUGUUGAGAAACAUUUUGCUGUUGCUAAUUUUUGUCACUCCAAAAUUGAGAUAAAGGGACCCAGAGUUUAAGAGGCAGUGCAUUAGAAGAUCUAGAGAUUCCUAAAGGGAAUAUUGUUAAUCAAACCCAUAAACAAUCUAAUCCACAAAAGUCAAAGCCUCAAAUGUGGAGGAAUAAUUAUACAGCUCUUCUACCACAGCUAUUAGAUGGACACAGAUUGCAUUUCUCUUUCUGUUCUGUGACGUUGACUCAUAAAAAGAAUAAUAGAAAAACCUUUUUAAGAAAAGCAUGUAUAUAUCAGAUGGAAAUAGCUUCCGUUCAUACAUUCCUGUCACUGUGUGAUGUGAUGCAUAUUAAAUACUUUCUAAUUCA